UUCACUAAUUGUUUGUGAAAAGAAUACUUAGAAAUAAAUUUUGGUGUUCAUUCUAUGAACGAUUCGAAAUAUAUUUAACUAAACUAAACGUUAACUAAACGUGCGUAAUUCCAUUACCAAUAGUGUAACUAAUAAUUUGUACACAAAAUCGUUUCCAACUGAAAACGAAAAAUGCGCGAAAACAAUGGUCAACUUCGGGGUUUACUUAAAAAACCAAAUCAACCAGGUGCCGUGCGUAAGAAUCGUGUAGUAUUUGAUGAGACUCGAAAUGAAUUCUUUGAUGCUGAUUAUAUUAUAUUAAUUCGUGAAGACUGCGCCUACGACGAAGAAGAUGAAGAGACUUGUACAUGUGGGGAACAUGAAUUAGUGCGACUAUGCUGUGAAGAAGGAUGUCAAUGUAAUUAUUCAGCACGUGAUGAAGACACCCGUACUUCUCAG